AUGUCUCAACUUGUUCGUUCAUUUCUUCAUAAAACAUAUCUUCGUCCCUUAGUUGGUUCUUAUGCAUAUUCCACUAUACCUUCACCUAUGCAACACUUGAAAAACAUUACAGUCUAUGGUUCGGGUCUUAUGGGAGCUGGAAUUAGUCAAGUAGCAGCACAAAAAGGUUAUGCGGUGACCAUGGUGGAUCUUGAUGAAAAAGUAUUAGACCGAAGUAAAAAUAUCAUUAAGGCAUCUUUACACCGAGUAGCUAAAAAAUUAUAUGAAGAUGAUGAAAUAAAACAAAAAGAAUUAUUUGAUUUUACUUUAUCAAACAUAAAAACUAGUACCAAUUCAUCCGAAAGUGCUAAAGAUGCCGACAUGAUUAUUGAGGCAAUUAUCGAAGAUAUUUAUCAGAAACAACAAUUAUUUGGUUCAUUAGAUGAAAUUACACCAAUGAAAACAAUCUUUGUUACUACCACUUCAAGUUUACCUAUAAAAGAAAUUGCAAAAGUAACGAAAAGAGCGGAUCGAUUCGCCGGAUUACAUUUUUUUAAUCCAGUUCCACAAAUGAAAUUGGUGGAAGUGAUUAGAACUGAAGAAAUUAAUGAUGAAACUUAUGAAACUUUAAUGGAAUUUGUGAAAAAUUUGGAUAAAACUCCUGUAGCUUGCAAGGAUACUCCUGGAUUCAUCGUCAAUCGUCUCUUAGUACCUUAUUUAUUGGAAGCAAUUCGUCUUGUUGAUCGUGGCGUAGCUGAUCCAAAAGACGUUGAUAUGGCUAUGAAAUCAGGUGCUGGAAUGCCUAUGGAUACAUUAAAGUCGAUUGUAGAUGGUUGGCGUAAGAGUGGUAAUAUUGAUCCGCACAUUGUUGCUCCAACCAAGAUGCUAGAUGAUCAUGUUAAGGAAGGUAAAUUUGGACGUAAAACUCCUUUUAUUGAAAAGAACGAAGAACUACGUAUACAAGAAUUGAUAGCUGCAUCUCAAAAGUUCCUAAGUCAACCUUCACAACCUCCUACUCCCACCGUUUCAACCACGACAACUUUUAAUUUUCACCCAGAACCCGUUGGUCAAGAGAAACAACAAUUACGUUCUAGAAAAUCAAAGUCUAAAAUAGAUUCCGAAAAAAAUUUUAGAGAAAAUAUUUCCGAAAUGUCUUUAUCGCGUAACUCUUCAACUCCUUCUUUGGCAAGUGUGACCAAUAAUCAUACUCCUCCUCACAUUCAUGUUAGUAAUAGUUCCAUGGUUAAUAUAAAUAGUGGUCCAAAUUCUGCUAAAAAAUCUGAAUCUGAAAUUCCAACCGGACCUCCUGAAUUAAUAAGGGAUCCAACUUCAGAUUCUUUUUCAUCUCACGCUUAUAGUUGGCCUAUUUUAUUUGCUGUUGUACCGCCAAUGGGUGCUCUCAUUUAUGUUCCCUGGGAAUUAUAUUAUGCAGCUAGGUCAAGACGUGUAAUAAAUGAUCAAAUUACAGGUCAGAACGUAGAUCUAGUUGAAGAUGAACAACGAAAUCGUGCAGCGAUUGAACUUCGUCGACAAGAAACAUUUGCUUUAUUAUUCGUUAUUGGAUCUCCAAUUCUUGGUGGAUAUGCCUUACAUGGGGCAAAAAUGUAUUUAACUGAUUAUGAUAAAUACAUUUCCCAUUUCAAUAUUGUACUUUUUGUAUUUGCGGCUGGAAUUCGACCAUUAAUGCAUAUAACUAGUCUCGCCAAAAAUAGAACCUUACAUUUACAAGAACAAGUUCAUUAUCCUAGCACGGAAGUAGAAUUAUUAAAAAGGCGGGUACAACAUUUAGAAUAUGAAUUAUCUCAAUUACGUCGAGGAUUUGCCACGAAACGUGAUGUCAUCAGUGUAAGGGAUGGAUUUGAACCAACUAUUUCUCAAUUAAAUCGAGCGGUUCGAAGAUAUGAGAAAAAAGAACAAUACCUUAGAAAUUAUUCUGAUGAAAGAUUUGCAUAUUUGGAAUCCAAGAUGCGAGAAUUUGAUAAUUUUAUUUCAUGUAAAAUACAUGAAGAACAAACACCACGUGGAAUGUUUCAAGUCAUGAUCAACAUUGGGUUUUCCUUAUUUGGAUACGCGAAAUAUAUUUUACCUGGAGCAUUAAGAGGACCGAAACCAACUCCUAUGUUAAAACCUGCUUCAAAUUCAGAUGAAGGAAAUCAAUUAAAUGAUGAUAUGACAAAUGAUAGAGAAAUUUCUGAUGGAAGUCUUCAAAUGUAA